GCGCGGCGCCCCCCCCAGCCGGCCGCCAGGGGGCAGGCUUUCCGGGGGGGCGAUGCGGGGCCAGGGCCGCAAGGACAGCCUGUCCGACUCCCGGGACUUGGACGGCUCCUACGACCAACUGACCGACCCCAGGGCUGUGAGCGCCAUGAGUCUCUGCCAGAGGCGGUGCAAGCGGCAGCUGAGCCACAUCGCACGGUUCUUCUACCAAUUUGUGACGGGGACCCUCUCUCCAGACAGCGUGGAGGAUGAGUUCGAGCUGUCCACAGUGUGCCACCGGCCCGAGGGGCUGGAGCAGCUGCAGGAGCAGACCAAAUUCACACGCAAGGAGCUGCAGGUCCUCUACCGUGGCUUCAAGAACGAGUGCCCGAGCGGUAUCGUCAACGAGGAGAAUUUCAAACAGAUUUAUUCCCAGUUUUUCCCGCAGGGAGAUUCCAGCACCUACGCCACUUUCCUCUUCAACGCCUUCGACACAAAUCAUGAUGGCUCCGUUAGCUUUGAGGAUUUUGUGGCUGGUCUGUCCGUGAUUCUCCGAGGCACCGUGGAUGACCGACUCAACUGGGCCUUCAAUCUGUAUGACCUCAACAAGGAUGGAUGCAUCACCAAGGAGGAGAUGUUGGACAUCAUGAAGUCCAUCUACGACAUGAUGGGCAAAUACACAUACCCUGCCAUGAGGGAGGAGGCCCCACGGGAACAUGUGGAGAGCUUCUUCCAGAAAAUGGACAGGAACAAGGAUGGCGUGGUGACCAUUGAAGAGUUCAUCGAGUCCUGCCAAAAGGAUGAGAACAUCAUGAGGUCCAUGCAGCUCUUUGACAAUGUCAUCUAAGCCGGGCAUGGGUGUGUGAGCCAGAGUCCUUGGGCUGAUUCUCUGGGGGUUGGGGGGGAAGAGGGCAGCCACCUCCGCCUCCCCACUGUUUUCUGGUGUGCUCCUUUCCCAACCCACCGGCCCUGUGUCCCUUCCUCCCGGCCCCAGCAGGGCCUCUGCUUGUCCUAAACCACUCAGACCUCCCAGCCAGCGGCGAGCCUAGGGGAGGAGUCACGGGGAGACCUCCAGCACCCCCAGGUCAAGGAUUUGGAAACCCACCUCCUUCUCCCCUUCUCCACCCCAGAGGACUCUGCCGGUGGCUUUGCUUGUCAAUUCUUCUGUAUAUUUUGUAAGAUACGAAACCACACACAAUCCAAUAAAUACAAUGGCUAUGCACACA